ACUGUUUCCUAACAGACACGGCUGUAAAGUCGGCUUCUUUUCAUGUCAGCCAAACUAGAUAUGGAGCCUGCUGCUUCCUUUCCAGGCUUGCCCUUCCCUCCCUCCCUUCCUCCCUCCCAAUGUCAGCUCUCAUCCUCCUCCACUCCAGUACUUACUUGCACAUCUGUCUUUUUAUUCAGACUGUAUAUGCUGCUCUGAGCAUGCCUAAGUAUUUUCUUUACAGCACCUUGUGAACUUGAACAAGAACUCAGCCAUUUUUAAAACUUGGGCUUGUAAAUCUUUAUCUUAAUAUUAAUUUUAGGCUGGCCACAAAGGGAGCGUCUUGAACACUAGGCACAUGAAAGCCUAGUGGUGAGAUGUUAGGUCUGUGGUGCUUUGCUCUCCUUUCAUCUGCAUGGGACAGAACAUUCCUGUAGAGGUACAGUAAUUGUCCCAUUGAGUGACCUUUAUUAAAGUUUUAAACAUGGGAAAUUGGAAAGCAGCGUGACUCUGCAGAGAUUCAAGGCUACUCUAAAAUGUCUAUUUGAAGGGAAUUUAGAGAGUUUGGUAUAGCACUCUUCUGAAGUCCUUUAGUUGAUAUAUUACCAGCUGAAGUCCUUUUUCAGGACUCUGACUCCCUGUUCAGUGUUGUUUCUUCCUUGAUGAAUUAGCUCCUAACAUCAGUGUCAGUUUCUGUACCACGUAUAGUAUGAUGUUUGCAGAGUCUCCCAAACUACUGUGUGUGUGUGUGCGCGUGUGCGUGUGUGCGCGUGCGCGCACAUGUGCAUUCCUUCUUGUCUCUGUUCUUACUCUAUAAUACUGAAAGUUGACACAGUGUGAGUGCUUCAGGAAUAUGGGUGCUGUCCCUAUUGCUCCUGCCAGCUAAAUUGCUUUUCAUAACACAUCACUUUAUUGUUGAGCAGUAACUGACUGCAGUGAUAAUUUAUAAACCUAAAGCAGGUUUUGGUUUUUUUUUAAAGAUUUAUUUAUUUAUUAUAUGUAAGUACACUGUAGCUGUCUUCAGACACUCCAGAAGAGGGCGUCAGAUCUUGUUACAGAUGGUUGUGAGCCACCAUGUGGUUGCUGGGAUUUGAACUCCAGACCUUUGGAAGAGCAGUCGGGUGCUCUUACCCACUGAGCCAUCUCACCAGCCCCUAAAGCAGGUUUUAUGAUUGGCUUUUACUCAUUUCUUUUUUUUUUUUUUUUUUAAUUUUUUUUUUUUUUAAAGAUUUAUUUAUUAAUAUAUGUAAGUACACUGUAGCUGUCUUCAGACACUCCAGAAGAGGAAGUCAGAUCUUGUUGUGGAUGGUUGUGAGCCACCAUGUGGUUGCUGGGAUUUGAACUCUGGACCUUUGGAAGAGCAGUCGGGUGCUCUUACCCACUGAGCCAUCUCACCAGCCCGCUUUUACUCAUUUCUAAUAGCGAUUCAUUGUGCUUGAGGAAGACCCAAACUUGCCUCCAUGGCUCAGUGAGUGUUAUAGCUUGUGGCUCCUAUGUAUUGCUCCGUGGUAUUGUAUAUGACCCUAAUUGUAUAUGACCCUGCUGCAAGGAAGUUUGUAGAUGAAGGAAUUAAGACAUUAGAAGAUCUCAGGAAAAAUGAAGAUAAACUGAACCAUCAUCAACGAAUUGGGCUGAAAUAUUUCGAGGACUUUGAAAAGAGAAUUCCUCGUGAGGAAAUGCUGCAGAUGCAGGAUAUUGUACUUAAUGAAAUUAAAAAAGUGGACUCUGAGUACAUUGCUACAGUCUGUGGCAGUUUCAGAAGAGGCGCAGAGUCGAGUGGAGACAUGGAUGUCCUGCUGACCCACCCAAACUUCACGUCAGAAUCCAGCAAACAGCCAAAGUUGUUACAUCGUGUUGUGGAACAGUUACAAAAAGUCCAUUUCAUUACAGAUACUCUGUCAAAGGGUGAAACAAAGUUCAUGGGUGUUUGCCAGCUUCCCAGCGAGAAGGAUGGAAAGGAAUAUCCACACAGGAGAAUCGAUAUCAGGUUGAUCCCCAAAGAUCAGUACUACUGUGGUGUUCUCUACUUCACUGGGAGUGACAUCUUUAAUAAGAACAUGAGAGCGCACGCCCUGGAAAAGGGCUUCACAAUCAAUGAGUACACCAUCCGCCCCCUGGGGGUCACUGGAGUCGCUGGGGAGCCCCUUCCUGUGGACAGUGAGCAGGACAUUUUUGAUUACAUCCAGUGGCGCUACCGGGAGCCCAAGGAUAGAAGUGAAUGAUGCCCUGCCAGCCCCAGGCACAGCCCACUAGGAGUCCUAAUUUAUUUCUUAACCUUUGCUAUGUAAGGGUUUUUGGUGUUCUUAAGCGAUUGCUUCUUCUCUGUGCUUACCAUGUACUAUAGUCAAUAAACUUGAGCUAUUACAGAA